AUCAAAUUACACUUUUAUGUUGUAUUCAUUUAUAAGUUAUAACUACGUAGUAUUUUUUUCAUCAACCGUGUAAAUGCAAAAAAUCCCAUUUCUUUCUCUAACAAAGUUAAUAAACUCACCUUCUUCACACUUUCUCUUCUAAAACAAAAAAAACACUCCUUGCUUGACACUUUCUCUCUCCUCUAUCACCAAAAUCUAGUUAGCAUUUCCACACACUAUAUAGGACAACACACAAACAAACAAACUCAUUCUUAUUAGCGAAGUAAAACUACAUUAACAUCACCAAAGAACGAAGAACAAGCAGCAGCAAAAAUGAAGCACAUUUUCAAGAAGCUUCACAAAAGUCAUGACCUUAAUCGUACUAACAAUGAAACCCUAAUUCCUCCUUCUUCAACUUCAUCUUCGCAAUCUCAAUCUCAAUCUCAAUCUCAACCUUCUACUUCUUCGUCGUCGUCGAUGGCGGUGCAAUCGCAAUCUGUAACCACCGAUCAAGGCAAUUCGCAGGUUUCCGGUGUCGGAAACUUGCCGGCGAUGAAGAAUGAUCAUCUUCGGCAAGGGGAUUACUUUUCUUCUGAGGAGGAAUUUCAGAUGCAGCUUGCUUUGGCGAUUAGUGCUUCCAAUUCGGAGUUUCGAGAUGAUCCGGAGAAUGAUCAGAUCCGUGCUGCUACUCUGUUGAGUUUGGGGAGGUCUAAUUCUAUUGAUAAUGGUCGAGAUAAGGAGGAUUCUGGUGAGGCUUUGUCGCGGCGGUUUUGGGAUUACAAUGUACUUGAUUAUGAGGAGAAGGUGGUCGAUGGUUUUUAUGAUAUAUUUAGUAUUUCAGUGGAUCCAACAGUCGAAGGAAAGAUGCCUUCUCUUGUAGACCUUGAAACAAAUGCUGGUGAUUCCGGAUUUGAGGCUGUAAUAGUCAAUAGAACAAUUGAUCCGACACUUGUGGAGUUGGAGCAAAUUGCACAUUGUUUUGCACUAGACUGUCCUGCAUCCGAGGUUGGCACUUUGGUUCAAAGGGUUGCUGAACUUGUGACAGAACACAUGGGAGGACCGGUUAGGGAUGCAGGGAUUGUGUUGGCAAAGUGGAUGGAGAUCAGCACAGAACUGAGAACAUCUCUACAUACAAGUGUUUUUCCUAUUGGCUCUGUAAGAGUUGGCCUGUCACGCCAUCGGGCUUUGCUCUUUAAGGUAUUAGCCGAUAAUGUGGGUAUAAAGUGUAGACUUGUGAAGGGAAGUCAUUACACUGGCAUUGAAGAUGAUGCGAUCAACUUAAUUAAGAUGGCUGACGAUAGGGAAUUUUUGGUUGAUCUCAUGGCAGCCCCAGGAACACUAAUACCUGCUGAUGUAUUAGGUGUGGAGGGAUCUACUGUUCCAGUGUACAACCACAAACUAAAUAAGAUCCCCUCUGUCCAGCCAUCAAAUGACUCUGAAUUUGCUUGUGCGAGACCAAAGCCCAUUAAUUCAGGAUCAAGUGGGGGCUCUCCUGUUGACAAUAAUUCUCAUUUUGGUCGGAAUUCAGUCUUUGGAAAGACAGAAUCAUUGCCUUUUUCAUCAAGCACCAGCAAUGACAUGGGUGCUGGCCCUUCUAGAGCCUCCAGCCAACCAAACCCAAACAGUCAAUUAGAUUUGCCGUCAACAUCAGCAGUGGGAGCGUCUUUGUUCAAACCACAUCGCGGAGCCCUUGCAGUAGGUGAUGGUUCUAGGUUGAAUGUUAAUGUAGUACCCUAUAAUCAAGGUAAUACUGAUGACUCAAGAAAUCUUUUUGCGGAACUUAAUCCAUUCCAUUUACGAGUUUCUGGGCAAGCUGCACCGCAAAUCAAACCCAAAUAUGAAAUUGAUGAGUCCCAGAGAUUUAGGAAUGAUGCUAUCUCCAGAAAACCCCCUUCUCCCAUGAUGUGGAAAAACCAUCAGGCUGUCAACUAUGUUCCCAGGAAUAAAGACCGUGAUUUAGUUGACAGUCUUCUCCCAAGAAGUAACCAUGGAAACAAGGAUUCCAGAAUGGCACCAGCAACUACAUCCAGCUCAUCAGCUGCUGAAAAUGUUUACCAAAAUGGCUCUCAGUUAGAGAGUCCAAUUCUGAAUGGUGUAAAUGUCAAUGUUGGCAGCUCUGUUAAUGUUGCUACAACUGCUGGUCCUGGCAAUGGUCAGAAUGAUAAACCUCUUCCAGUGGAGAUUGGGAUUGCCUCCCAAAUGGAAGAUUCCCUGAAGGAAGCAACCUCAUCUGGUGACAUGCUUGGUCAGGGAAAUGAUUGCAAAAGAGUUGGUACUGGUGGUGCCAAGUGCACAACUGAGGGAUUUAUAGGAACAGGAUAUAUAUUAAAUGAUUCUAGUCUGAGACCAGUGGAUGCCGAUGGAAAGGUAGUUGAUCAAGUGCUUGAUGAUGUGGGUGAAUGUGAAAUUCUGUGGGAAGACCUUGUUUUAGGUGAAAGGAUUGGAUUAGGUUCAUAUGGGGAAGUCUACCAUGCAGACUGGAAUGGCACGGAAGUUGCUGUCAAGAAAUUCUUGGACCAGGAUUUCUCUGGGGCUGCCUUAGCAGAGUUUAAAAGAGAGGUCCGUAUAAUGCGCAGAUUGCGCCAUCCCAACGUUGUCUUAUUUAUGGGCGCCGUUACUCGCCCACCACACCUGUCAAUUGUGUCUGAAUUUCUUCCAAGAGGAAGCUUGUACCGGAUACUUCAUCGUCCAAAUUGUCAGAUUGACGAAAAGCGUAGAAUAAAAAUGGCACUUGAUGUGGCGAGGGGCAUGAAUUGCUUGCAUACAAGUACACCAACAAUUGUGCAUCGUGAUUUAAAGUCGCCUAAUUUACUAGUUGACAAGAAUUGGAAUGUGAAGGUUUGUGAUUUCGGAUUGUCAAGGCUGAAGCAUAAUACAUUUUUGUCAUCUAAAUCAACUGCUGGAACUCCUGAAUGGAUGGCUCCUGAAGUGCUUCGAAAUGAACCAUCAAAUGAGAAAUGUGAUGUAUAUAGCUUUGGAGUGAUAUUAUGGGAGCUUGCAACACUUAAAUUGCCUUGGAGUGGGAUGAACCCGAUGCAAGUUGUGGGCGCAGUGGGUUUCCAGAAUCGGCGCCUAGACAUCUCCAAGGAACUUGAUCCUUUGGUUGCUAGGAUAAUAUUGGAAUGUUGGCAAACGGAGCCGAACCUGCGCCCUUCAUUUGCACAACUUUGUGUAGCCCUGAAGUCCUUGCAGCAUCUUGCUCUCCCGUCUAAUGUUGACCAGCAAAGUUCAGUGACCCAACAUGAGAUUUCUGUAAAUUCAACGCCUUGAUUGCCAAGUGUGAAUAAAGAUCUCAUAAUCUUGGAUGUAGUUGUGGAUAAGGUUUAGCAAAAGUAAAAUAUGAUGCAGGGGAAAAGAAAAGUACUAAACAUAAGAAUAGGAAAAAAAUUGAUAUAAGGCAUCCUGGGGCAGUUUUCCAUUGUCAAUGUAAGUAGUAAUUAUAUUUCGAUUACAGGAGCCACAGCAGUCCGAAGGGAAUGUCAGCCGCAAAUUUUGUACAGAGAUGUGCAUAGCUUCUGAUGCAAAUAUAGUGAUGUACUUUGUAUAUAUGUAUGUCUAUACGCCUAUAUGGCUAUACCUAAUUUUAUGAAAUAUAACAUGGAACAAGCAUUUCCAUGUAUGCUAAUCAACUCAUUUAUCACCAAAAAAAAAAAAUACUUCUGCUUGAUUUAUGAGUUUGUC